UUUGAAACAUCCUUUGAAAUCCAUCUUCGUUGCUUCAACUCUUCUGGGUCAAUCAAUUCUUUUCAUUCCAAACCCAGAUUCGGCAACACAAGCCCUGCUAGAUUGCACACUUUGUUACUGCCUCAAAUCAAAAUUUUGAACUAAUGAUGUAAAAGUUAGGCUGCGCGGUGUAAAGAGAUUCCAAGUUGCAAAACAUGGCUUUUCCAAACCCAUCCAUGUCAGUUUCUCCACAGAGGAAGAUGGGAAGGGGGAAGAUUGAGAUCAAGCGGAUUGAGAACACCACCAAUCGCCAAGUCACUUUCUGCAAGCGCAGAAACGGCUUGCUCAAGAAAGCAUAUGAAUUAUCUGUGCUUUGUGAUGCAGAGGUUGCUCUAAUCGUCUUCUCUAGCCGCGGCCGUCUCUAUGAAUAUGCUAAUAACAGUGUCAAAGAAACUAUUGAGAGGUACAAAAAAGCAUGCUCAGAUUCGUCUGCUGGAUCUGCUUCUGAGGCUAAUGCUCAGUUUUACCAGCAAGAAGCAGAUAAACUUCGUGCACAAAUAAGUAGCCUGCAGAAUAACAACAGGCAAAUGAUGGGUGAGUCUUUGGGCUCUAUGACUACCAAGGAUCUCAAAAACCUGGAGAGUAAACUAGAAAAAGGAAUUAGUAGGAUUCGUUCAAAAAAGAACGAGCUGCUAUUUGCUGAAAUUGAGUACAUGCAGAAGAGGGAGAUAGACUUGCACAACAACAACCAGCUUCUUCGAGCGAAGAUAGCUGAAAGUGAGAGGAGCCACAAUAUGGGUGUGUUGCCUGGAGGCACAAGCUAUGACUCUAUGCAGUCUCAGCAGCCAUUUGACUCUCGUGGCUACUUCCAAGUCACUGGAUUACAACCCAAUAGUCAGUAUGCCAGACAAGAUCAGAUGUCCCUUCAAUUAGUAUGAAGUGUUAGUGUUGAGAGUCGAGAUAUGUUCUGCUACUUGUAGUUUGCCUUCUAGUAUGAUAGGAGAUGAAUGCUAAGGGUAAUGUAAGCAGAAGCAUCUGUAGGGGAUUUAAGCAUCCCUCAGUACUAUAUAUAUAUGUAAUGCCUUUCUAGACUUUCUUUAAGACUAUCCUGUAUCUAUUGUCAAACUCUCUCUCAUAUAUGUUAGUAUGUCUCCUAACACUAUGGAGAACACAUCUUCACAUCUUUUUCAACCUUUCUUCACUUUCUACAUCAUACCAAUUUUAUUUCUCAACCAAACAACGAUAUGCAAAUAAUGCUCCUUAAUUAUAUUCCUAAUAAUAUCCCUUGCUCUACAAACUUCCAUUGUUUAUCUCCUUUUCUCAUUACCUGUAACUGCAUCUUGCCAAGGGAUGGAAUUCAUACCUCUUUUUUCCAUUUGCUAAUACCAAUGUUUCAUCAUUUUUCCAGCCUGCAACUUUUAGGACUGGUUUUGUUUCAGUAAGACCUUGUUGACUCCCAGGCUGAAAUCAGUUCUCAAGUUUUUAUUAUUAUCAACAUUGCCAAACAUUCCCACAAACAUAUUCUGAUGAAUGUUA